AUGUGUGAUAUGGGAGGACUAGAUAAUCUUAUAGCCAACACAGCUUACCUGCAGGCCAGGAAAAGCAGUGAGGGGGACCUGAGAGAGUUGCAGAAAAGGCGUAAGAGCCUGUCUUUGCCUCCAACGGAUGUUUGUCGCAAGGAGAUAAAAGACACCAUUCCUGUUGACUUCCAGAGCAUCUGCGUGGAGCAGCCCAUUGGACGACGAGUGUUCAGGGACUUCUUGCUCUCAGUACCAGAGUACCUGGUAGUUCAGGAAUUCCUGGACGAAGUUAAUGACUGGGAGCUGGAGGAGGGCUCUGCCAAGGAGCAGCUACUACAAGUUUUGAUGAUCAAAAGGUUUAAACAGGACUCUGGGGAACGCCUGCCUUGUUUUAGUGAAGACCUUUCCAAACGCUUUCAAAAUGCACAGGGCGCUGAGAUCCCACCAAUGGUUCUGCUUGCCAAGGACGAGGCAAAUGCCUACCUUGGAAAAGAGCCAUUUGAGGCCUACCAAAACAGCGACUACUAUGACAAAUUUCUCCAGUGGAAAGCCUUUGAGAGGCAGCCAAUCACCCAUAAAUUUUUCUAUGAAUUUAGAGUGUUGGGGAAAGGUGGCUUUGGAGAGGUGUGUGCUAUACAAGUGAAGAACACAGGUCAAAUGUACGCUUGUAAAAAACUGGACAAGAAGCGUCUCAAGAAGAAAAAUGGGGAGAAAAUGGCCUUGCUGGAGAAGGAGAUCCUAGAAAAGGUUCACAGCCCCUUCAUUGUCUCUUUGGCCUAUGCAUAUGAGAGUAAAACUCACUUGUGCCUAGUGAUGACCCUUAUGAAUGGUGGAGACCUCAAAUAUCACAUCUACAAUGUUGGGGAGAAAGGACUAGAGAUAAAGAGGGUGAUAUUUUAUACGGCCCAGAUUUGCUGUGGCAUCCUGCACCUUCACUCUAUAAAAAUCCUAUAUCGGGACAUGAAGCCAGAAAAUGUUCUUCUAGAUGACAAUGGCAACUGCCGUCUUUCUGACUUGGGGCUUGCUGUUAAGGUGAAGGAAGGACAACCCAUCACAACAAGGGCUGGUACCAAUGGUUACAUGGCACCCGAAAUUCUAAAAGAUGAGAACUACUCUUAUCCUGUUGAUUGGUUUGCGAUGGGCUGUAGUGUGUAUGAGAUGAUUGCAGCCCAAACACCUUUUAAAGAUCCAAAGGAGAAGACCAAGGAUGAGGUGAAACGGAAGACACUGGAGGAUGAGGUUGUAUUUCACCAUCCAAACUUCACUGCAGAGGCUAAGGAUAUAUGUAAACUCUUUUUAGCAAAGAAACCAGAGAACCGAUUGGGAAGCAGAACCAAUGAUGAUGACCCACGAAAACAUUCGUUCUUUAGUACAAUAAACUUCAACAGACUGGAGGCUGGGAUGGUAGACCCUCCGUUUGUCCCAGACCCGUCUGUGGUCUAUGCUAAGGACAUCGCAGACAUAGCUGAUUUCUCUGAGAUCCGAGGGAUUGACUUUGAUGAUAAAGAUGCCAAAUUUUUUAAGAGGUUUGCAACUGGUGCAAUACCAGUCAGUUGGCAACAAGAAAUAAUUGAUACAGGACUCUUUGAUGAGCUCAACGACCCAAACAGGCAAAGCUCUGGAAAAUAUACUUAUGGCGAUGGUGAGAAAAAAUCAGGAGUAUGUUCCAUAAUAUAGUUAGUGAUCACUGUAAAUUAGUGGCAGAAUGGGACAUAUUUUAUAAGCAGUUUUAGAUAUCUGCAGAAAUAUAUUUCCUCUAGCUAAGUUAUCUCAGCACAAGUCACUUCU